GUUAACGUAAACAAACAUUCAUCGAACAAACCAUCCAGGGGUUCCGUACAUUCCAGAAGUUGUUUAAGUAGUUUGUUAAAAUAAGUCGGUAGUUUGUGAAAUUUUAAGAAAGUUCCAGUUGAUUUGCUUUUUAAUUAUAGUGUUUUGUGAAUGGGCCGUGAAGAUUAUACGCUUAGUUUGAUUGGUAAAUUGAUAUACAGGAAAUAAGCAUCUACCUGUGCUAUAGAGGAUGUUAAACGUGACUAAUGUAAAGGAAUUUGAAGAAAAAAAAUUAAACAAACAGAAGUAAGUGUGAUAUCUAGUUUAAAUUUACUGCCGAAUAAAAUACAAUUAACAAGUGAUUUGUGAGUAAUAAAACGACCGCAAAAAAAAAAACAGUGAAAACAAAAAAAAAUGGAUGAGUGCAACGAAGUUGUUCUUUACAUUUACGACUUGACCCAUGGCAUGGCGGCGAUGAUGUCCCAAAUGCUGCUAGGCCGUCACAUCGAAGGAAUUUGGCACACGGCAGUGGUUGUCUACGAUCGGGAGCAUUUCUUCGGUUCGCAUGGAAUAACGAGUUGUUUACCGGGAACCACGGUUCUGGGACAACCGCAGAGAAAACAAGUCAUCGGUCAAACCUUCAUCCCCCUGCCGGUGUUCACGGAUUACGUCCGGGGACUGGCGGAAAGUACCUUCAGAGGAUCCAGGUACAAUCUGCUGAAGCACAACUGCAACACCUUCAGCGAAGACCUGUGCCAGUUUCUGUGCGGGGUCGGUAUUCCGAAGUACAUUCUCGAUCUGCCGCAGGAGUUCCUGUCGACCCCGUUAGGGCAGAACCUACUGCCGCUCAUUGAAAGCUUGGGUUCGGGUGGUGACCCGACCAGUAACUUCCAGUACGAAUCCGACUUUACCGGUGGUUUCGCUAGCAGUGGUAGAGCAGAAAGUCCGGGAUACGAACAGCUCAACAGUCAAAUCGAGCAAGCUCGGCAGCAGUCACAGGAGCUGAACGAACGGCGGAACAAGAUACGCGAUAAGAUCGAUAAGAAUACUAAAAAGAAAGAGAAAAAGUCCAAAAAGGACCGGAAUCCGACCGACAGCGAUCAGAAUUCGGCUGCAGAAAUGUCUGAGAGUGAAGCCGACACGCAGAAUGGCCUGAAUGGCGUCAAUGGUUCGAUUCCACCCGAAAUGCUGCCAUCGGAGAAGGCCCUGAAGGAGGAAGAAGCUGAAAGGUUGGCCGAGGAGGAGCGCAAGAAGAAUCGCGAGCAACCGAUUAUUUUUAAGGAAGUUGAUCCCAAACUGGAACUGGAAUGCUUGGUAAAUUUGGUGGACGGCAAACUUUCGGAAGAGGAGCAAAUAGCAGUGGACGAACUGCACCAGUAUCUGCUGCUGGGCGAAGGAGCAUGGGCACUAGGCGACGGCUUUCUGGUGUUUGUCGGGCGAAUGUUGCGGGACAACUCGCUCUCCACGGAAGUACGUGUCCAUCUGCUGCGUGCGCUGGCGAAUGCAGCUCUAAAGGAUGACAUCAUUCUGCUACUGCACCAGGACCGGCGUGAACACGUACUGAUGAACUUUGCCCAGGACAUCGACAAGCAUCCUCCGGAAGAGCAGCAAGCGCUGGCUCUUUUUAUGUGUAACCUAUUCGAAAAUGACAAUGCUUCCGAGUGGCUGCUGUACAUCUCAGAGUGGUCGUACAACAAUCAAACUACGUCCAACAUUCGCGCCUCGACAAAGGUAGCAGUGCACUGUUUGUUGUCAGCUUGUCCACGACUAAAGGACAUCGGGACCGCGCUGGUCUACAACCUGGCAACCAAAGAAGUCAAAACCGUAGUAUUCGACGACGUAGCGGUUGAGCUGUCGAUGGCGCUGCUGCAGUUCUUCAACUCGGAACCAACCGAGGAGCACCUCUUCCGAACGAUGAAAGCAUUGGCCAAGUUUACUUUGGUUUCGCCGGACGUUCCACAGUUCAUACAGAUGAUUGGCCCACAUCCGAAGACAUUGAGGGGUAGAAGUGAACGAAUCAACGAACUGAUUGAUCAAAUUUCCAAAAAGGUUCGUUGAAAAUCGUAUUAAAUGGGAAUACCAGUCACCUUUUGCACGAAAAAAAAUGUAUGUACAAAGCCAUACUAAGCAAAAUAUAAAAGGAAAACGUAAACUGAGAAAGAAACGAAGAAAAAUUUGCAUUUUCAUCGCAAUUAUGUGCUUUUUUCUGAAUUCGACGAAUUUACUGAAGAAGAAAAUGGUCACAAUAAUACAGCUCUCGAUUCAAUUUUAAAGUCUAUCGAUAUAGUGAACGUAAGGAGGAAGAUUUUUGUAAACAAGCAGUUUGACUUGACUAAAAUUUGAAGUAAUCAAUUAUACAAAUAAAUA